CCCAAAACCCGAAGCCUAGUCACUGAAAGGUAAAAACCCUAGUCAGAAUCUCAGUAUAAAUGUGAAAGAAGACUAGGGUUUUUUCAUUUCCUCAACCCCGCUUCGUGCACGAUUCUGAAAUUUUGCCUGCCGCUCCAUCUCUACAUCACAGGAAUGGCGACAGAAGUUGCACCCCCCGCCACCACCGCACCCAAAGACCCCACCCAACCUCACCUUGAAGUAAAACUCUUCAAUCGCUGGAGCUUCGAGGAAGUUCAGGUUGCUGAUAUCUCCUUGAGUGAUUACAUUGGUGUCCAAGCUUCGAAGCAUGCUACCUAUGUGCCACACACUGCUGGUAGGUACUCAGUUAAGCGUUUCAGGAAGGCCCAGUGCCCAAUUGUUGAAAGGCUUACAAACUCACUUAUGAUGCAUGGCCGAAACAAUGGGAAGAAGCUUAUGGCAGUCAGGAUUGUGAAGCAUGCCAUGGAAAUUAUUUAUCUCUUGACUGAUCAGAACCCAAUUCAAGUCAUUGUUGAUGCUAUUAUCAACAGUGGGCCACGUGAAGAUGCUACUCGAAUUGGUUCUGCUGGUGUUGUCAGGCGUCAGGCCGUUGAUAUUUCUCCUCUUCGUCGUGUGAAUCAGGCCAUCUAUCUUUUGACCACUGGUGCACGUGAGUCUGCAUUCAGGAACAUUAAAACAAUUGCCGAGUGUUUGGCUGAUGAGCUUAUUAAUGCUGCUAAGGGAUCAUCUAACAGCUAUGCCAUCAAGAAGAAGGAUGAAAUUGAGAGAGUUGCUAAGGCUAAUCGUUGAGGAAUUGGAAGAAGAUUAAACACCAUGGGAGUGGAGAAUUUUGUUGUUUUAAUCAGUACUUUAUAAGCCGUUUUUGUAUUCUGGACAUGCUAUGAAUGUCUCGUUUUUUAAAAUUAAAUUUGAGUAAUUGACAUGUUAUUUUUGGUUAAAAGGGAGUUUUCAGUAGAUAUUUUUCAAGAAA